AUGGCAGAGGUUGAUUCAACUGUCCCACAGACAUCAAUGGACCCAACUCAGAAUUUCGGACACUACAUGAGCGGAGCAGAUCAGAGCAGCACGGAGAAUAGCCACAGUCAGAAAAAGCAUAAGAAUGUUAAGUAUCGCUUCCUAUCGUCUACAGAAUGGGCCAUUUUUGCUCGGGGAGUUGGCGGGAUCAGAGAUAUAGAAGACAAUAGGCCUGUUCAUCCGACCAAUAGCUUCUGGCCCCCGCACGGCAUUCCUCAUGGCCUCUAUCGCGACUGCAUCUACCGUCGUGCCAUUUCAUCCUACUCAUUUCACUUCAUCGGCUUCGUUCGCGCAAUUCUUUUUGUCCUGCAGUUGAUGAUUGGUGCCAGCAUCACUGCUCUCAGCUCUGGAGGCGCCAGCGACACAGCCAUCACUAUUCUCGCUGCGUCCAACACAGUCAUCGCAGGGCUGCUGGCUCUGUUGCACAAUAGCGGUAUCCCAGAUCGAUACAGAUAUGACAAGUCCGAGUUUCAAAAGGUCGAAGAUCACAUUAGAGAAGUUCUCGCCACGGGUAUUACGAACAGUGGAAGCCAAUAUGCCAUCGUCUUAUGCCCCAAGCUCAUCAACGCCGCCUUCACGACGCGGAUCCCAACCUCAACAUCUGCCAUUACCGCCGAUGCCAAUGCCUAUGCCGAUACCAGCACGAGCACCGACGACAGUGGCAUCGACACCGACACACACGAGGGCAGCGACGGAACCUAUCACACCGCCUAG